UAAGAUCUUCAGGUGAUGUCACUGUACAGUUUUUAUUUCCUCUCUGCACAACUACCUUUGCAUGGCUGCGGCACUUCUUUUGAGUUUCUGCGGCUCUGUGGUGCUUGGUUAUGUUCUUUAAUUUGCUGUACUGUUCUUGCAGAACAUGUUUCUUCUAAUGCCAGCGAUAGUGAAAGUAGCUACAGAGGCCAAGAAGACUGCAUCCUUUCUUAUGAACCUGUCACAAGACAGGAAAUUAAUUACACCAGGCCAGUUAUUAUUCUGGGUCCUAUGAAAGAUCGGAUCAAUGAUGACUUGAUAUCUGAAUUCCCUGAUAAGUUUGGAUCAUGUGUACCACAUACCACACGACCAAAGCGUGACUAUGAAGUGGAUGGGAGAGAUUAUCAUUUUGUCAUUUCAAGAGAACAAAUGGAAAAAGAUAUCCAAGAGCACAAAUUUAUAGAAGCCGGGCAGUACAAUGAUAAUUUAUAUGGAACUAGCGUCCAGUCUGUGAGAUUUGUGGCAGAGAGGGGCAAGCACUGUAUUCUCGAUGUGUCAGGAAAUGCGAUCAAACGACUACAAGUUGCACAACUAUAUCCCAUCGCUAUCUUCAUUAAGCCUAAAUCAUGGGAGCCUCUGAUGGAAAUGAAUAAACGUCUUACAGAGGAGCAAGCCAAGAAAACCUAUGAUCGUGCAAUUAAGUUAGAACAAGAAUUUGGAGAAUAUUUUACAGCUAUUGUCCAAGGAGAUAGCUUAGAAGAUAUAUAUAAUCAAUGCAAACUCGUAAUUGAAGAACAAUCUGGGCCUUUCAUCUGGAUUCCUUCCAAGGAAAAAUUAUAAAUUAGCCACUGCACCUCUGAUUACGACGGGAGAAUAUUUAGAAGAAAACUAUAAUAUACUAUUUGGAGGCUUUCCUGUUUUUGUUGCAUUUAUGUUCUUUGCAGUCAAUGUGAAUUUUGAUGAAUGUACAACACAAAGUGUUUGAAGCCAUGAAGGACACUGAUGGGUCAAAGGGUAGGAACAAAAAGACUUCUACCAUAUAAAGCAAAUCUGUUGUGUGCUGAAAGCACCAGUUGUAGGUAUAAACUUUUGACAUGGAGACCCUCUGUCAAGGGGAGCUAGCCACCUCUUGUGCCCAUGCGGACAUUUUGAUCAAUUUCAGUGGCUGAGCUCAGUGUGUUGAUUGCUUUAAAGAGAAGUUCCCAGCUCUUGAACCUCAUAUAGGGCUUGAUUCUGCAAGGCGCUCAGCACUUGACCCCAGUUCCUACACAUGUGAGUAGCCCCUUGACUUGGAGUUACUUGUGAUCCUUCCCUAUGCCAUUCAGUCCCAUCAGUUCCAGUAGGACUAUUCAUGUGCUCAAAGCUAAGCACGGGCUUCAGCAUUCUGCUAGAUCAGGGCCACACGCACCUUGCAAAAUCAAGCUCAGAGUUCUUGGUCCACUUCCCACUGAAGUCAUUGGUAGGACUGUCUUUGACUUGACUGGGAGGUGGAUCCUAUUCUAAGCUUGUCAUUGCACAUUAGUAGUUGGUACACCUCGACUUUGGUAACUAUGCACAUCUUUUGAUUUCUGAAACCAAGUCAAGCAUUUCUUUUUUCCCCUCUGGAAACACUAUUGCAUCAGGAACUAAUAACAAUAUAGUUUAUUUUAAUGGAUUUUUGGGGUGAGAGAGGAUGGAAGCAUUUCACAUCACACAUAUGUGCACACAAAUACAUUCCCAUGCGGACACACACAAGUAUGAGGAUUCACAGCACCUAUGUUGACGAGGAGGGAUACAACUGGGAAACGCUUUAAAUUUUUUGAUUGUCUAUUUUAUCAUUUAUAUUGAUAGAAGGCACUUAAAGAUGGAAUAAUUUAUAAAAAUAAAAAUAUAUUGAUGUAUAGAAACUAAUUUCUAUAGGUAAAAAUGUUUUUGUGAGAUAUUUUGUAAAGAUUAAUUAACUGAAAGAUUAAAUAUUUACACCCUUGUGCGACUGUAAAAUGUAAAGAGGACCAUCAAGUUGCAUUAUCCCUUUUCUGUAACAAAUUCUCUAUUACUAGUGACAAGCAAGAUAAUUCCUUAAAUUGUAGUUGUCUGAUUGUUUUUCUCUCAAUCUAAUCCUCUCCCUUGCCUCUAUUUAAUCACGAUUAACUCCUGUGGAAAGAUCUCUUGAACCGACUGCCCUGCAGGACCUUUUCUGAACACAAAAGGAUAAUGCAUCUUUAAAUUGAAAUGGAUGACUUCUCAGAAGCAAGAUGUCAGUGCUUGAGUGCAGUUACUACACUUCAUCCAAAAAAUGUUUUAUGAUUCUUCCUGUUUCUUAAUGGAAAUACCAAAAGUAUUUGAUCUUUCCUCUGUUUGUAGGCAGGCAGGUCACCAACUAACUUGUAUCUUCAUUCAUUUCACAGUCAACAAGGGUCUUAAAAGCAAAAACUGAGGCAAUGGACAUUGCAAGGGAUUUGGGGAAAGCCUGUGGAAUUGCAGUUCGGGAUGCAGAGAAGGGAAGAGGGAGGUAUUUUCUCCUUGUUUCACAUUGCUCUUCUUUUCUAUACUGAUGUCAUUCUUCAUUCUUACAAGGGGACAACUGCAAGAGAAACAAUGACAGUAAGCUGAAUUGCCUUUGCUGCUGCUGGACCAAGUCUUAAAGAAAGCCCACAAUCUCCUGCUUGCCAUGCUGCAGCAGUCUAACACUUAUUAGCUGGUGGCUUCAGCAACUCUAAUGUUUAAGGAUGUUUUAAGGGCAAAUGCUAAACUAACUCCUCAGUCACUCGUCUCUUUGCAGCUGACAUUUCAGCACCUGUCCAGCCGACAGGCAUACCCAGCCAACCUCUCCAGAGGAUGCCAGGAGCUGGAUGUAACAUAGCCACCAGUGGUGACAUAGGUAAACAUGCGGGCAUUUUGGUGGCCCUGCAGUGGCCCCUCACGUACUGCCCAGCUACGGUAACUUUGAGAAGUUCACACUUCUUUUACUACUAUUUUUCUUGCCUGGCCAGCACAGAUUUAUAUACAAGGGAUUCAGUUAAGUCUCCAAAAGAGCUUUGUAACCAGAAGGGCUAGAAACAUUUUUUACAAUACAUAAAUGAAUGAAAGCUUAGAUUUUGGACAAUUCUGCAGAAAUCCACAGAGUGACCCCAGAUCUUUGGAUGCCAUGGAUUUUUCCAUGCUGGCAAAGUACUAUUGCCCCAGGUUGGGAAAUAGCCCACUGGACCUGAAAAACCCAGUAUUCUAAAACAGGAACUUCAUUCUAAUUUUCAGCUCUGUUUUUAAGCAAUCAAUCACACCUGCUUAUUUGUUUCUUAGUUCAGCAUGCAGCCUUUUACGGUACUAUCCUUCUAGUAACUGUUUUGCUUUGUCAUGUGCUGUGCUUUAUGGUGAACAAUAACACUAUGGCUGAGUACAAUCAA